AUGCGCCUCAUCAUCGCGUUGUCCGUCGCCAUUCACUUUGCGGCCUGCACCGCUCUUCCCAUGGUCGAACGCGCUCCUGUUCAAAUCUACGCGCCCAGCCCAGCCUUUCAAGUCAACCCCCCCCUCAGUACCAUGCCGACGCCAUCUCUUGCCCUGCUACAUAACUCCCUGGUCCGAUCACCGGCGCCAACACCGCAACACGAGCCGCAACCACAAAAAUCCACCCGCCCUGAUUACGUGCCUCAAUCAGAAUCCCAGUCUAUAUCGAGCUCUGUUCGUUCCGAAGUCCCACCCGAGAACUUGCACAUAGGCGAGAAGCAACUCGAGGACCUCCUCAGCCUUGCGCUGGAUGCUCAAUUCUAUCUGGAGGUCAUGUCGGACAAGGCGGAUGCGAAAGGUCAUCAGGAGUCCCUGGGCACCAUCCCGGUGCAUCUGAGGGUCAAGGAGUUGACAAUCGGCGGCGUGUCGGUUCCAAGCAUCCAUGCUGAGAGUCUUAAUCGCGUGGUGGGGCCGAUCAACUUUGGGAAUGUUCGAAUUUGA